AUGGCUUCAUCUUCUCAACUGUCGUCUCAUCCAGCAUCAAAGCAUAGGAGAACUCAUUCUCCAUUCACAUCUGAUAUUUCAUUCAUAUCAAGGGAAUAUGAAGACCCUUCAGUUGCCGCCUCAACUGAAACCUCGUUUCUUAAGAGUCCAUUAAGGCCCACUUAUAGUGAAACAAGGCAAACUGAAAAUUAUUCUGAAAAUGAAUUUAGUGUAUUUACCCCUGAAAAGCAGGCUGAAGAUAAAAGAGUUAUGGAUUCUCCAAAGUUUACGGAUCUGCAAGAAGAUUUAGCUGAAUUUUUGAAAACACUUGGAAUUGAGGAGUAUUUUGAAGUAUUUCUUAAAAAUAAAAUUGGGAUUGAAGAUAUUGAAAAUUUAACAAAAGAAGAUUUAAUUGAUAUGGGGAUACCUUUAGGGCCAAGAAAUAAAAUAUUGAGAGCCCUGCAGGAAUUGAAUAAACCUCAUGAAAUUUAUGAGGAAAAAAGCAAAGACAAUAUUAAUACUAGAGAAAAACUGAAAGGCGAAAUCGAUAGCUUUAUGAAUGAAAUCAAUGAUUUGGCAAAAAAAUCAAAAGAUAAGUCGAUUGAAAGAAGAAAAACAAUGGUCAGGGAAGAGUUUUUGAACCUCGCACAAAAAAAAGAACUUAUUAUGGAUAGGAUUCUAAAAAAUUCGGAGAUAAUUCAACUUCUUAUGGAAAAGAUUGAAACUAAGCUACAAAAAACACCAAAGCCAAAACGCUUGGGUAGCUUGAAUUUAGAUCUGAUAAAGCUAAAAAUAAAUAAUUAA